GAGUACGCAAUCUGCAACAAAUAGCAAAGUUUAGUGCCCACAUUUAUACUUCACUCAAUAUAAAACGGAUGUAGUAUGUUUGCUUAUUUGUUUGUUUGAUUACAGACAGUAUUAUAUAGAUGGACCAAAUGUAUGUGGCAAGGGAAAUUUACAACAACCAUAUCAAAGUAUUAUUGUAUAGAUGGAUGAAUUUGCAAAAUUUCCAGGUUCUGGGAGCAGGAGAAAGUCGCACACUUGCUGCUUGCAUCAAGAGGCCGAGGCCAAGGACAGAAAAGAAGUAUUCAUCUCUUAAUUUUAUGUUGAUUUAUUUACGAAAUUGUCACUAGAUAUGAUAAACUGGGGCUGCCUCGUAAUUUCAUAAAACUGUUCUUUACUCCGUAUUUUGUCUUUAUCACGUCAAUUUCUCUUCAAUGGAGAUAGAACCUCUGUUGGGUAACACAGGCCAUCAAUUUAAGGAAAGAGAGUAAAGAAUGAACAACACUUCAACGAUGUUGCUGAGACGCAGCAUCUGUCGCGCAACCUUGAGCAAUCCUCGUUGUUCAUCAUCCUUGAAUAACAAAAGGAAGCCUCUUGUUUUCUUGGGUUCUCCUCAGGUUUCUGCCAAGAUUCUAGAUGCUCUUUUUAAUGCAUCCCAGUCCCAAGACUCAUCUUUUGAGGUUGCAGCUAUUGUCACCCAACCUCCAUCUCAGAGAAAUAGAGGCAGAAAGGUCUUGCCUUCUGCUGUUGCACAACAUGCCCUUGAAAGGGGUUUCUCUUCUGAUCUCAUUUUCACACCCGAGCGUGCAAAUGAGGAAUGGUUUUUGGCCAAUCUUAGAGCCUUGGAACCUGAACUUUGUAUUACAGCAGCGUAUGGGAAUAUUCUAUCCAACAAGUUUCUAAACAUUCCAAAGCAAGGCACAGUAAAUAUACACCCAAGUUUGCUGCCCCUUUAUCGUGGUGCUGCUCCUGUUCAAAGAGCAUUGCAGGAUGGUGUUAGGGAAACUGGAGUUUCAUUAGCAUUCACUGUUAGAGCACUGGAUGCUGGACCUAUCAUUGCAUCUCAAAAAGUUGGUGUGGAUGACAAUAUUAAGGCACCAGAUUUACUGGAUUUUCUCUUUGAUCUUGGCUCAAAACUUUUGUUGCACGAGCUUCCUUCAAUAAUUGACGGAACAGCAAGAACUAAAGCACAACCUCAAGAUGAUUCUAAAGCUACCUUAGCUCCAAAGAUUACUCCCGAAGAAUCAUGGCUAUCGUUUGAUCAAGACGCUACUGUCCUGCAUAAUAAGGUACGGGCAUUUGCAGGUUGGCCUGGAACUCGAGCUAGAUUUCUAGUUGUGGAUGCAGCACAUGCUCAAGAGAAUGUUUUAGAGUUAAAAAUAAUUUCAACAAAAGUUUCCAACGCUCAGAAUGCUGAGGCAGAUUAUGUUGCUUUCAGAAAUGGUGCAUUGAUCUUUACUUGUGGUGGAGGCACAGCUUUGGAGGUUCUAGAAGUUCAGCUCCCAGGCAAGAAAGUGGUGAAUGCAGCUGCAUUCUGGAAUGGCUUGCGAGGUCAAAAGCUAAAAGUUUCUGUAGACAAAGGGAGCUGCAAUGUCACAAGUGUAAAAAGUGAGUAAUUUCUUCGUUUUUUCAUCAGAACUUCCUAGUGAAGAAGGGGAUAGGCUGCCAUAGUUGCUUUAAUUGAAGAGUUGAAACUUGAGAGCAGCAGAGGCACUACAUGAAGUGCCGUCCAUAGGUAUAACAGCAUUCCUGAUUUUUGUCGAUACUGACUUAUCUUGCCAUUAUCAUGUAACAUGAGUUUCGGCUUUGUAAUUUUUUGAACUAUUGAUCUGAGACAUCAUACUUCUGCUGCCAGCAGCCCAGUAGAUUGAUCUUUCUUCACUUAUACGUAAAA